AUUGUAACUCAUGGCUCAUCAAUCCUUCCUAGCCAAAAUGACUCUGCAGCAGCAGCUUGUGUGCCCUCACCAUCAUCAUCAUCAUCAAGAUAGCCAAAAUGACUAUGCAAAUUGCAAUAGCAGCAGUGUUUUUGUUAUUUUGUACUACUACUACUACUACUACUAGUAGCAACUUUUGAACAGAGCUAGCUUAGCCCAUCAGAUAUUCAGAAUUUCAGAUACUCACUCAUGCAGAGUCACAGCUUGUAUAGUUGUAAUGCAUGCAUGUAGCUCUAGCUUUACGCACGCACUCCCACACCGCACACUCGCCAGUUAGCCCUUAAAUCCUAAUUAUAAGAUUUAAGACCUUUCUCUUCACUUCACCUCUCUCUCUCUCUCUCUCUCUCUCUCUCUCUCUCUCUCUACUCUCUCCCUACAAGUUUCUUGACACCCAACUGCAAGUCUGCAAAGCACAGAAGAAGCUUAGCACACGCUUGCAGCUGAACUAGGAGACAACCAAACAAGCCAUCCUUUUGCACUGAUCACACUUACUGUUAGUACUCCAUUGUGAUUUGUGGAGAGAGAGAGGGAGAGAGAGAGAGAGAGAGAGAGAGAGAGAGAUGGGCGUGGCGACGGUGACAGAGCUGAGGCAGAGCUUCUCCGGGAAGAGGGCAUUAAGACCAACCCUCACCAGCCGCCAUGCCAAUGAAUGGCCUCCGACCGACGUCUCCAGCGACCUCACCGUCGAGGUCGGCACGUCCAGCUUCGCCCUGCACAAGCUGCUCGCGCAGUUCCCGCUGGUGUCCCGGAGCGGCAAGAUCCGGCGGGCGGUGGCCGAGGCCAAGGACGGCAAGCUGGCGCGCCUCGGGCUCCACGGCACGCCGGGCGGCGCGGCGGCGUUCGAGCUCGCCGCCAAGUUCUGCUACGGCGUGGGCGUGGACGUCACGGUGGGCAACGUCGCCAUGCUCCGGUGCGCCGCGCACUACCUGCAGAUGACGGAGGACUUCUCCGACAAGAACCUGGAGCUCCGCGCCGAGGCGUUCCUCCGCGACGCCGUGCUCCCCAGCAUCGCCGGCUCCGUCGCCGUGCUCCGCAGCUGCGAGGCGCUGCUCCCGGCCGCCGAGGACGUCAACCUCGUCCCGCGCCUCAUCGCCGCCAUCGCCAACAACGUCUGCAAGGAGCAGCUCACCUCCGGGCUGUCCAAGCUGGACCAGCUCAAGCCGCCGCCGCCGCCGCAGGCGGUGGUGGUGGCCGCCGCCGCCGCCGGCGACCUCGACUCGCCGGGGGACUGGUGGGGCAAGUCAGUCGCCGGCCUCGGGCUCGACUUCUUCCAGCGGCUGCUCUCCGCCGUCAAGUCCAAGGGGCUCAAGCAGGAGACGGUCACCCGCAUCCUCAUAAACUACGCCCAGAACUCGCUCCACGGGCUCAUGGCGAGGGACAUCGCGGCCGCCGCCAAAUGCGGCGGCGGCGGCGGCGACACCGACGCCGUCAAGAAGCAGCGCGCCGUGGUGGAGACCAUCGUGGGGUUGCUCCCGGCGCAGUCGAAGAAGAGCCCCGUGCCGAUGGCCUUCCUGUCGGGGCUCCUCAAGACGGCGAUGGCGGCGUCGGCGUCGAGCAUCUGCAGGGCCGACCUGGAGAAGCGGAUCGGGAUGCAGCUCGACCAGGCCAUCCUGGAGGACAUCCUCGUCGCCGCCGGGCCCGUCUCCGCCGCGGCGGCGGCGGCGGCGGUGGAGCACACGCUGUACGACACGGACGUGGUGGCGAGGAUCUUCGCGGUGUUCCUCAACCUCGACGACGACAGCAACGACGAGGACGCCGUCGUCGUCGGCGGCGGGUGCGGCGCGUUCGACUACGACAGCCCGAGGUCCCCCAAGCAGAGCCUCCUCGUGAAGGCGUCGAAGCUGCUCGACAGCUACCUCGCCGAGAUCGCCCUCGACUCCAACCUCCUCCCCUCCAAGUUCAUCUCCCUCGCCGAGCUCCUCCCCGACCACGCCCGCCUCGUCACCGACGGCCUCUACCGCGCCGUCGACAUCUUCCUCAAGGUGCACCCGAACAUCAAGGAAGCGGAGAGGUACAGGAUGUGCAAGGCGAUCGACUGCCAGCGCCUGACCCCGGACGCGUGCAGCCACGCGGCGCAGAACGAGCGCCUCCCCGUGCAGAUGGCCGUGCAGGUGCUCUACUUCGAGCAGCUCCGCCUCCGCAGCGCGAUCCAGGCCACCGGCACCACCACCACAACCACUAACACCAGCAUCGGCGGCGCGCACGACGCGGCGCUCUUCUUCGGGUGCGCCGCCGCCGCCGCGGCGCCGCGGUCGGGGAGCGGGGUGGGUAGCGGGGCGAUGUCGCCGCGGGACAGCUACGCGUCGGUGCGGCGGGAGAACCGGGAGCUGAAGCUGGAGGUGGCGCGGAUGCGGAUGCGGCUGACGGACCUGGAGAAGGACCAGGUGAGCAUGCGGCGGGAGCUGGUGCGCGUCGGCCCGGCGAACCGCCUCCUCCGCGGCCUCGCGCGGCGACUCGGCUCGCUCUUCCACUUCCGGGGCGCCGCCGCCGAGCCGGGCCUCCAGCAGCUCGGCGCCAAGGCCACCGCCGACGCCAAGGUCCUCUUCCAGCGCCGCCGCCGCCACUCCAUCUCCUGAUCAUGGUGACGACGAUGGUGAUGGUGCAAUUAAUGAAUUUUUGGAUGUUGUUGUUGUUGUGAAUUUUUGUGGGAUUUGGAUGCGAAUUUGCAGUUGUUGUAAUAUGGGGAUUGUUAUUGAUGGAUGGAUGGAUGAUUUCGAUGUAGGUGUACAAAUUAAUGUGCAGAUUAUGGAUCAUAUGCUAAGUUUCUGUGAUGUAUAA